CAGCUUCCCCAUCCUAUCUCUUUAAAUGAGGCAGAGCUGCUCCGCUCUGCGUGCGUGUGCGCGCGCGUAUAUGAGGGUGUGCGUGAGUGUGUGUAGGAAGGAGACAUUACGAGAAAAGAGAGGGCCACUCUGUUGUGGAGAACGACGAGGCGAUCAGAAACACAACGCGGAGGACAUUUAUUUGGGAUCGGCUAGGUUUAGCGGAGAAGGCACCGCUUCCGUCCCCGGGGAACUCAUUUUGGACCUGGAUGCUCUUCAUGUGUCUACGCCUCCCUGUUGGAUCUAACGAGCUGCGGCGCUGCCUUCUAUUAAGUGUUUAUUUGUGACGUCGGGAGAAACGCGAUCGAGAAGCAGCAAUAACAUGGUGCUCUUUAUGGAUUAACGCCCGAGUGCAUUUUCAUCCGAGAGGUUCCCAAUGUUGAACAUGACAACCCCCAGCGAGCUGAAGUCUCCCUGCGUGACUCGCAACGGUAUGGUGAAGUUGCCCCCCAGCCAGCCUAACGGUCUAGGCAGCGCAAGUAUCACCAAGGGGACACCAGCUGCCAAGAACCGUCUGUGCCAGUCCUCCUCAGUACCCUCCAUCCUGCCUCCUCCACCGACCACCCUUCCCUAUCACCACCACCAUCACCUGGACGCCUCUGGCUUGCCCAACUCAGCAGCCUCUCUUUUGGCCUCUGACAUGGAGCCUGGAAAUCUUCUUGUGGGCUUGAAAUCGUCCCUUCGUCAGCUUCCCCCCCUCAGUCUCCCCAAGCCCAUCCUGUUGGAACGUCAGCUUGUUCUAGAUGAGAAACUGCUCAACAGGUUGCUAUGGUACUUCACUCCAUCUGAAAAAUGUGUGCUGGCGCAGGUAUGCAAGACAUGGCGCAAAGUGCUGUACCAGCCCAAGUUCUGGGAGGGAGUGACACCUAUCUUGCAUGCCAAGGAGCUAUAUAACCUUCUGCCCAAUGGGGAGAAGGAGUUUGUCAGUCUGCAGGCCUUUGCUUUGCGUGGAUUCCAGUCCUUCUGCCUAGUGGGUGUGUCUGACCUGGACAUUUGUGAGUUCAUCGACAACUACCCACUGUCCAAGAAAGGUGUUCGUUCAGUCAGUCUCAAGAGGUCUACCAUCACAGAUGCUGGUUUGGAGGUCAUGUUGGAGCAAAUGCAGGGCCUGAUGCACCUUGAGCUGUCAGGCUGCAACGACUUCACAGAGGCGGGCCUGUGGUCCAGUCUGAAUGCCCGGCUAACUUCCCUCAGUGUCAGUGACUGCAUCAACGUUGCGGAUGACGCCAUUGCUGCUAUCUCACAACUCCUGCCUAACCUAUCAGAGUUGAGUCUGCAGGCCUACCACGUCACAGAUACGGCCAUGGCCUACUUCACAGCCAAACAGGGCUACACCACACACACUCUGCGGCUCCACUCCUGUUGGGAAAUCACCAAUCACGGCGUGGUCAACAUGGUGCACAGCCUUCCUAACCUGACUGCCCUCAGCCUCUCUGGCUGCUCCAAGAUCACGGACGACGGUGUGGAGCUGGUUGCUGAGAAUCUGCGUAAGCUGCGCAGUCUUGACUUGUCCUGGUGCCCUCGGAUCACAGACAUGGCCCUGGAGUACAUUGCCUGUGACCUUCAUAAACUGGAAGAACUGGUGUUGGACAGGUGUGUGCGGAUCACAGAUACUGGGUUGGGCUACUUGUCCACCAUGUCAUCAUUAAGAAGCCUCUAUCUGCGCUGGUGCUGUCAGGUACAAGACUUUGGCCUCCAGCAUUUGUUUGGAAUGAGGAGUCUUCGUCUACUGUCUCUUGCAGGUUGCCCCCUGCUGACCACCACCAGUCUGUCAGGCCUCAUCCAGCUGCAGGAGUUGGAGGAACUGGAGCUCACCAAUUGCCCCGGAGCCACCGCCGAGCUCUUCAAAUAUUACACCCAGCACUUGCCCCACUGCAUGGUCAUCGAAUAAGAUCCCCACCCCGUCCCAAUGAGCGCCCGACCACCCACCAUGCAUUUACCUUCCUCUUCCUUCCUCUUCCUCACUCUUUUCUCAAAUGAUGGGCCGGGGAGCGACCAACUGUCCCACAUUGUUCCUCAUUACCUGCCCUCUUCUUUGCCUGUCUUCCGCCUCCACCCCUUUGAGCAGACUGACCCGUAGGCGGACAGAGAGGCAGGAAGAGCAGAUGAUGGCACAUGCCAGACCCACAGGAUGAUGGCAUUGCAUUUGAGCUUCAUUCAAGAAGAUGCCGGUGUGAAGAGCUUGGUGUGACGUCUUGUCUGACAGCAAGUCUCUUUGACAACCAACUAAAGAGUUUUUGUUUACAGAGGAGGGCUUCUCAAAAGACUUUGAAGAUUAUUUUUUUUGCUGAAUGGAUACUGAAGGGAGUGACACAUCCAGAUGGAGCAUGGAGGAAUCAGCAAAAGUUUGAGCUAAAACGGUGGAACUGACACAUGAGCUCAUACACUGCAAACGCACACACACACACACACGCACACACACACACACACACACACACACACACACACACACACACACACACACACACACACACACACACACACACACACACACACACACAGUAAAUGUUGAAACAAAUGUAAGUCCUCACAACCUUGAGGACAUACAUUUACCAUUUACAUCUCUCUGUAAUAUAACUGCUGAUAUUUCUUUCUUAGAAGGUGUUAAACGUUUAGUUUUCUCUUGUUAAGAGAGGUACCUUAAUGCCAGCCGGAGAAACUGGAAUCGGAGAGGUGCGUUCCAGGAAGUGGAUGACAGGGAUAGAACCUCUCUCCCUUUCUGUGUGUAAAGUGUGCGCCAUGGACUCGCAGCUUACAGCCUUUUAGGGAUACCACUACCAUUUUCCAUUUCCGUGUCAAUACAAAAAAGGAGAAGAUUUCGAAUUAUCAUUUUCCAAUUUUGUUUGGUGUCAAAGUUGAUUGGCUCAUUACGUUUCCCCCUCACCUCUUUGCAUUUCUGUAUACAUACUAUUUCAUCUACAUACAAGAUGUAGUUAACUGUGAAUGUUGUGUUUUCAAAGGGGAAAUGUGUGGCAAAGGCUGAUGAAAGAAGACUUCUGUUCUUCUUCGGCCUUCGGACUUCGGAAAACAGAAGGCUUUUUACACAAAAAACAAGGCAAAUUUGGGCUUCAAAGUGACAGCGAUGCUAUUUCUGCAAUUAAUAACUUGAGUUAGCAUGGGGCAUGUUGGUCCAAAUUACAAUAACCCUUUCUUCCUCUUCUCUUGUGAAUCCCGAUAGAGAGACACAAUAAUCAGUCAUGGUUCUUAGGCUGCUAAUGCAUUGUGUGACCCCUUGGCUAACAUCACAUUCAUUCUCCCAUAAAAAGGGAUUCAGUAUUUCAUAGAGCCAUUCUUUUAGACUCCACCUUAGGGAUGGGACAGCAAUGAACUUGAUUGUUAUAUUGUUGCCGUAGGAAUUUCAGACAUGUUCCUACGAACCCAGAGUCACAGACAUUGAUGAAUGACCUUUCUUAGCUUUGGGUUUUUACCUAGCUUGGCUUAAUUAGUUUGUGUGAGAGGGAUCUUGUGACAGCUCGAUGGAGCCUUUUCCCCCUGCACAAAAACACACAACAUCUGGCUUUUUUCUUCAAAGGAAACGGUUACCUUUGGGAGUCAGACAAUGAUGGAAACAUGACAGAAAGUUCGCUCAUUUUCACCCCUUUUCCAGUGCUUUUUUUUUUUAAACCCAUUGAAAUGAACAGGAAUUUAGGCAAUUAUUUGAAUCUCUUAACAUACAAUACAUUUUCUCUCCAGACACCAGACUCCAGACUAGUCAGAUCAUUUUUCUCAUUAAUUAUACAGAGACACUUCAAACUCGACCAAAAAUCAUACACAGCUUAGCACAAACGAGGUCAGUCCUCUCUCCCUGUGUGCCUCAUCCAGAGCCACAGCAACGAGUCUACCUUGUGCCGUCAUUUUUAUUUCAUUUUAUCUGUCUAUACAUCAGUAUGGGGCACUGGUAUAUGUUGGUAGAUGCUGGAGACAACUCCAUAAAAACGUACACUGUUAAAACAACCAAAGAUUUGUGUAUAUUAUCCUGAGCUUGAGGUAUGUAGAGAUGGACCCAAAUCUCAACAAAUAUUUGACCAUCAGGUUAAUUGCUUCAGCCUUUAAUUUUAUUAGCAAUAAUGUCACUGGAUCCAUAAAACUAACUGCAAAGAGACAUUCUCAAUCAGCUGUGGUUCCAUUGACACAUUUUAAAGCACAUUCUGUAGAAAAGCUGUUAGAAAAUUGAUACAUUUGAUAAAACUUCCACAUUCACUAGGUGCUUUUUCUGACUCAAAGGGAUAUGAAAAUACAUUUUGAGGCCAUAGAAAGAUGGCCAUCACCAGCUGACAUGAAAAGAACCUAAACAUAUUUUGACUAUAAAUGGCCAAGCCCACUUUGGUUUUGGUUCUGGUUCACAACCUCCUUCUAGAACCUCAGCACUGACAUUUACCUGUUUGCUCCAAGUUCAUUUGCUAAUUUGUUUGCAACAUUUUAAAAAUGUUUUAAAGUCAAAGACACUUGGAUGAAACAAACCAGGUUUGUCAAAUGAUUUGGAACACAAUGUGAAGGUGAAAGCUACAAUUCCAUACAAAACUCUUGUUGUGAUGAAUGGUUAUUUUCUUAUAUCCAUAGACUGACCUAAGCUACAGUAAGUUUAGGACCCAAUAUGCCUUUGUACUGAUGAACUGACAUAAAAAGGCAUCAUGAAGGUGUAUGACUCUGGGUACGAAGGUGAAAUAGUAACGCUUCCCAAAAAAAAGUAUUUAUGUGAUCUGGAAAUAAGGAGAAACAAUAACCAUGAAGCCAGUACUGGGGUCUUUCCAGUGAUCAUCUUAUAUUGAACUAUAUAAGUUAUCCCAACAGUGAGCCAGCUGACUGCCAGCUGAAGCCAGUAUUAUGUCGGCCAAUAGCAUCUGCAGCGGCGCAUCACAUGUGGCUGCUCUCCGAUCGCUGAGGCCAUGCAUGUUUUUAAUUGGUCUGUGUUGUGUUUCCAGAUGGCUCAUUUUAGAGGUCCCUCAGAGUUUCUCCAUUGUACAUAAGUAUAUUUAUUUAUUUAUUUCAAUCCAUUUGUGUCUUCUUCAUGUAGUUUAUUUAUUUAAGAGACAUUCUUCAAAGCCUUUUGUUUUAUGAAAAUUCAAAUAUGGGCCUGAAUUAGUGUAUGCAUUGAUUGAUGGUUUAGUUUUUUUUUCUCAUUAUUAUUUUCUGGCGUUUCAAACCCCAAAAUGAAAUGAUGUACUGAUUUCACAUGUAACAUUUGUCAUUAGAUACCAGUGAGCAGGAACAUAACAUAUUUUCUUCUGUGCUUGUGAGUUUCAACUGUGGUAUCCAUCAUAAAGAAUAAGAGGGCAAACAGUGGUAACAAGUUCUGGUCACUGUCAUUGUGCUCAAUGUGCAAAUACACAUUAUAGUAUACAUUAAAGCAUUGGAAGUGUGAGAUAGACCUCUGGUAGUGCUAAGCACUGUCUACUAACAAGACAAAGGCAAAUAUCUCAGAGGAUGAGGCACCUCGGAAGCUCGUUUCUGACAAAAUUACUGAACAGAAAAUCUAUCAAGCAUCUAAUGUGAAACCGUUUUGAGCAUUUGAUCAGUAGUUCUGCCCUUGCUGGGAGAGCGUGAGACCUUUUUACAACACGGCCCAAACUAUGGAGCUCUAGCCCACCGUCUACGCUAGCUGUGGACUCCUUAUACGCACAGUGUCUUAUCAAAAUGUUCUCCAUGGACAUUGUUUCAGCUCCAAAGUAAGUUUGCUUAGUUUUUGGGGUUAGUUUUGCAAUAUAACGUUUAGACUCAGGAACAAAAGUACAUUGUUCAGGAAAAGUAUGUAUUUGGAUUUUCUUUUGUUACGUAACUGACUUUGUCGACUUGCUUUGAGCUAGUGACCCUACCAACCUAACAAAGACCUUCUCACUGAUUAAACAGAACAGACCUGGGUUUCAUUUUUUUAGUUUGGCUAAAUCUUCAAUAUCAUUGAUCUGUUACAUUGGCUGAAAUUCCACUAAGUUCUAAUUAGACGGAAAAAAUACAACAGUUCAUCAACAAAUUGAGUUAAAUAAACAACAGUUUACCUAAUCACAAGUUACAGUGCCAGAUCCACAAACCCCAUUUUUGUCAUUCUCAGUAUCACUAGUAUUGCUAAUUGGUCCGAGCCACCCUUUCAGUUUAAAAGAUGACGAUUGAGCUGUGACUGCACACAAUUUGGUCACUGAUCUUAUUCAGUAUUUUUGUUUUUAAUGAGCUUCCAAAAGAUUUAAAAGAUCUAAUAUAGAGAACUCUGACAUUCAUUUUUCAGCUACUAAUGACUAUCAGCAAACCCUUUUAUGAAUGAUCUAAGGUAAAUCAUUCCGUUCCCUUCUACUACUCUCUACAGCCUUUGGUCAACAUCUGUCACCAUUUUGUUACAAUCCUUGUACAGCACAACGUCAAGCAGUAAAAUAAAUCCUGACAGUUUACUGAUGAUGUUGAAA